AUGGUCGAGCUGGACGUGGACGGUGCGUUGUUUGACAGCGCUGCCGUGUGGUCGGCGUUCUGGUCCGUGGACGCAGAAGUUCGGGCGUUUGCGCAAGUGCCACGAUGUUCCCGCUGCUCCGAGCUUAUUUAG